ACAUUCUUUCUUGAAACUGGGGCAGGCAAACAUGUUCCACGAGCUAUUUUCAUUGACCUUGAACCGACGGUGGUGGACGAAAUCCGCACUGGAACGUACCGUCAGUUAUUCCAUCCCGACGCGCUGAUAACAGGAAAGGAGGAUGCAGCCAACAACUACGCACGUGGACACUACACAGUGGGGAAGGAGAUAGUUGACCUGGUGUUGGAUAGAGCUCGAAAACUGGCCGACCAAUGCUCUGGCCUGCAGGGAUUCUUCAUAUUCCACGCUUUCGGUGGUGGUACAGGAUCGGGAUUCAAUGCUCUCAUGAUUGAACGGCUAAGUGUCGACUACGGAAAGAAGACAAAAGUUGAAUUUUCCAUCUUCCCUGCCCCUCAGAUUUCAACUGCCGUAGUGGAACCCUAUAACGCCAUCCUUUGCACGCAUUCAACUUUGGAGCACUCAGACUGUUCCUUCACGUACGACAACGAAGCAAUUUACGAUAUUUGUCGGCGCAAUCUCGACAUCGAGCGGCCAACUUACACGAACUUAAAUAGGCUGUUGGCUCAAGUAGUCAGUUCAAUCACAGCCUCAUUACGUUUCGAUGGAGCAGUAAACGUGGACUUGACUGAAUUCCAGACAAAUUUGGUGCCCUACCCACGAAUUCACUUUCCCCUGGUCACGUACACACCCACGGUGUCAGCUGAGAAGGCCUACCACGAAGAAUUAACUGUGAUGGAAAUAACUUAUGCUUCUUUUGAUCCAGCAAAUCAAAUGGUUAAAUGCGACCCACGUCACGGUAAAUACAUGUCCUGUUGUAUGCUUUACCGAGGAGAUGUGGCUCCAAAAGAUAUUAAUGCUUCGAUUGCCUCCAUAAAGUCUAAGAGAACCAUCCAUUUUGUCGAUUGGUGCCCUACGGGUUUCAAAGUAGGCAUUAACUACCAACCACCUACCGUGGUUCCAGGAGGUGACCUAGCAAAGGUUCAGCGCGCCCUGUGCUCUAUUUGCAACACAACGGCUAUUGCUGAGGCUUGGGCCCGUCUGGACCACAAAUUUGACCUCAUGUAUGCCAAACGCUGUUUUGUUCACUGGUUUGUUGGUGAGGGCAUGGAGGAAGGCGAGUUUUCCGAGGCUCGAGAGGAUCUAGCGGCAUUGGAAAAGGACUACGAGGAAGUUGGAACAGACACAGUUGCAGAAGAAGGUGAAGAUGAGGAGUUCUGA